AUGUCCGCCUCUCCCUCUCCCAUCCAGAAAAACGUCCAAGCCGCUUCCGAAACCCACUCGGCCUCCUUCACCAAAGGCCACCUCGCCCUUCCACCGGCCAAGAAAUAUCUCGUGCUGACGUGCAUGGAUGCACGGAUCGAUCCGGCCAAGGCUUUUGGCAUCGAGUUGGGUGAUGCCCAUGUCAUUCGAAAUGCUGGCGCGUCGACUCGCGACGCACUGCGCAGCAUUGUAAUUUCCGAACAACUUCUCGGCACGCAGGAGAUCGUGCUGGUCAAGCAUACCGGCUGUGGCAUGUUGACGUUUACGAAUGACGAUGCUUAUGGAUUGGUGGAUAAGAAUCUUGGUCCCGAAGCCACAGCCGAACUCAAGUCCCGAAACGUCGAUUUCCUUCCCUUCUCCGACCUCGAACAGGCCAUCAAGGUCGACAUCAAGUAUUUGCAAGACACCAAGCUCGUGCCGGACAGCGUGACCAUCAGCGGCUGGAUCUAUGAGGUUGAAACGGGGCGUACUCGUCGAGUGGUGUAG